AUGCUCCGAGAAAAACGCCCGCGUCAAUUGAGUCUUCGUAAGAAACGAGACGCAGACCUUCCCAAGGAACAUGACCGUUCAGAAGAUGAUGCCGAUGAAAUUCUCCCGCCAGUCGAUGGAUCAGAAAUUACUGAAAAAUCUCCCGAGUCUCAGGAAGCGUCAGAAAGCAGCAAACAGCCAAAGAAGAAAAGAAGGCCUUUGACGGGCGGGGAAUAUCAGAAAGUGUCAGACCGCGGAGUGCUUCUUAUCGGGCAUUUGCCUCCCGGUUUUUUGGAACCUCAAUUGAGGAAGUUUUUCCGCCAAUUCGGAGAUAUUACACGAUUUCGGCUGGUCAGAUCGAAGAAGACAGGAAGAUCAAAGAAUUAUGCUUUUAUUGAAUUUGCUUCAAAAGAAGUCGCUGAAAUCGCAAGCCAGACGAUGAAUGGCUAUUUAAUGUUUGGAAGGACAUUGAAGUGUCGAAUAAUACCAUCAACGGAUAUCCACUCUGCAUUUCAUAACAACAGCAUUUCGUACAUGCAGCUAGCAGUUCGAGAAAUCCUUAAAUGUUCGUUCUCAGAUGCGGAAAUGACCGAAAGCCAAGCUUCCCAUAAGUUGGAAAAAGAAGUUUCAAAAUUAGAGAAAAUUAAAGCGCUAGGCAUUGAUUACACUCCACCGACGUUGACACGACAAUGA